GCAACACAUAGGACAUAACCAAACAACUACAUGAGCUUACAAACUGAGUCGUCUUGCUCUUUUUGGUGCCAGCGUUUGCAUUUCGGUUCCUUCCCGUUGGCAACUAUGCGGUAGCUUAUGAUCAAGGUUAUCUGGUGAAGAAAGAUUAGGCCGACCUUGUCUGUUGCUUCCUUGGGCGCCAAUGGCGCGUGUAGGCUCUGUGUUAGCACUCAUAUUGCUUGGCCUCCUCGCAUGGCCGUCAACUAUUAGCGGUUCGAACAUUCCUGAGAGCGCUCGAAAGCUUGAAGGCGGUGGGGCAGCCGACUCCGACGACAUUGUAUGCUUCAUCGUCCGCACAUAUUGGGGCCAUGGAGACGCCUGGGGUGAUAAAUCACUACGGCGGAUACUGUGGUCCUUACGGAACCAGACGGUGGAUAGGUGGGAGGCGCUGCUGGUUGUGAUGGACAACCGCCCCUUCCCCGACCUGCACCGCAUCCUGCGGGAGCUCAACGACUCGCGCAUCUGGGUGCAGGCAGAGUGGAUCAACUACAAGUACUACCCCAAGAAGGAUGGCGUGUGGGCGCCCGGCUACCACAACAAACUGUACAACCUGACGGACCUCGCCGUUCGGGCCUGCCCCGAGCGCACUCGCUGGGUGGUCAUCACCAAUGGGGAUAACCAGUACGACAGCCGCUUCGUGGAGACGGUGUUCUCCUCGCCGCCCGACACGGACGUGGUGGCGGUGGACUUCUACAGCAGAUACCAGCGACCCACGGCUCCCCCCUGCGAGCGCUUCGAGGAGGGCCCCGGCCUGCCCCCCUGCAAGGAGAACGACAUGCGCUUCUGCCAGACUGACCUGGCCGCCAACGCGCACCGGCUGUCGCGGCUGCUGGCGGAGGAGCGGCGCUGGGGGCUGGUGGACCCCACCGGCACGCACGGCGCAAACGACGGCAUCAUGGCGCAGAUGCUCAAGUCGGCGGGCUGGAAGGUGCACUACGUGCGCGGUCGCUGCCUGGUGAACCACGCGCCCAGCCCGCAGCAGUGCGCCCUGGCCGGCGGCAUCUGGGACGACUCCCUCAACUGCCAGGCAAGCAGCUUCGGAGGCAGCUGCGUGACCGUCAGGAGUGUGUACGACCGCAUGAACGCGCAUCCCGACAUGUACGAGCUGCUGGAGCUCAACGUGACGUACGACAGGGGCAGCUUCGGGUACAGCAAGCACGACUUCAUCGAGUUGCGAUGCAUGCGCACUGUGAACCGCUCGCUGUGGUUCCAGGAACAGACGUUCGGCCGCGUGUGUGCUGCUCAAGUGGACUUGGCGGCGAUGCCGGCGGACCUGCCGCCGCACCCCUGGGACGAGUGGGUGCCGCCUGCGUCUGGGGAGCAGCACGGCGAGGAGGAAGAGCGGGAGAAGGCCGGCGAAGAGGGCGGGGAGGAGAAAGGCCGUACGGUAGAAUGGAAAGGUGAUGAGGAAGGAGGAGAUGGGGUUUGGAAGCCUGUGGUUGGAAAAGAUGCGGCGAAGGGAGAGCAACAUCCCGAGCUGUAAGCAUUCAAGAAUGCAGUGUAUUGAACGCCAAAGCCGGUUGUUGGAGGUCCCAUGGACACUGGGACACUGGAUGUGGACACUGGGGUGAACCAUAUGGUUACAUGAACGUGCGCAGGGCUGGGCAAGUUGGUGAGGAGGUAUCCGGAGGUGCCUCUGACUCUUUCGGGUGAGUGAGACGGCGCGAAGUCGUGCUGUCCAUGCUAUCACGCACGCGUACUUUGCAUGAAGGUGUGUUUAUCGUGCGCGGCUGGAUGGGGCGAGCGCUGGGAUACACACAUGUUGUGUGAAGGAGAUGCGGGAAGAAGGAGGAUGCAUGGACUCGUGUGAUUCGGUACAUGCAAGCUGACCAUGCAGGUGACCCAGCUAGGCGAACCUUUGCAGCCACAUUUGGGGUCUGGGGCUGCGUGGAUGACUGCACCAUGUUUAGGUUCGGUGAGCUGGGCCGGGCAUUAUUAACCCCGUGUUUGACACCCCCGCCCACGUUUCUUCUCAGGCUAUCCUCCAUGCCUUUGCAAGUAGGCCAACCGUCGUUAG